UCUAAAACUGCGCCCCCCUCUCAGCGCGUUUAAACUCCAAGCCCCUGUGCUUUACCCUGCUCUUUGCACCCCCGGGGCCUCUUCCCCGGCCCUGCGCUUUGCCCCCCAAGCAGCGACCCAGCCCGCGUCUCGCUCCCUGCAGCCCGCGCGCGCGCACAGUGCCUUUAAGAGCCCGCGCGCCUGCGCCCUCCUCCUUUUUCCUAGCAACCGCCGCUGGGGAGACCCUGGUAACGGUGCACGGGGCAAGGGGAGACAGAGAGGAGGGAGGUCACGUGCUGCCGCGCGGCCGGAGAGCGUGCGCGAGCGUGCGCGCGCGAGCCGGUGUAGCCCUAGUAGCGGCGACGGCAGCUUGAGAAGGGGGAGGGAAGGAGGGAGAAGCGGGCGGGAUUAUUAUGGGCUGUGGGUGCUGCUGCUGAGCAAGAUGGAGCUGUCUGCAGUGGGGGAGCGAGUGUUCGCGGCCGAAUCCAUCAUCAAGCGGCGGAUCCGAAAGGGGCGCAUCGAGUACCUGGUGAAAUGGAAAGGCUGGGCCAUCAAGUACAGCACUUGGGAACCUGAAGAGAACAUCCUGGACUCCCGUCUUAUUGCAGCCUUUGAGCAGAAGGAACGAGAGCGUGAGCUGUAUGGGCCCAAGAAGAGAGGACCCAAGCCUAAAACUUUCCUCCUGAAGGCUCGGGCCCAGGCGGAGGCCCUUCACAUUGGGGAUGUACACUUUUCUGUCAAGCCUGGCUCUAGCACCUCCUCGCCCAAGCUGCACUCCAGUGCCGCAGUGCACCGGCUCAAGAAAGACAUCCGGCGAUGCCAUCGGAUGUCCCGGCGCCCCUUGCCCCGCCCAGACCCCCAGAACAGUGGGGGUGUGAGUGGGGGGGCUGGCAUACGUCCUCCAGUCUCGCCCUUCUCUGAGACUGUCCGUAUCAUCAACCGCAAGGUGAAGCCUCGUGAGCCCAAACGCAGCCGCAUCAUCCUCAACCUCAAGGUUAUUGACAAGGGUGGAAAGGCCACAAGUGGAGGAGGGGGCUUGGCCCGGCCAAAGAUUCCCUCACGAAACCGUGUCAUUGGCAAGAGUAAGAAGUUCAGCGAGAGCAUCCUCCGCACCCAGAUCCGCCACAUGAAGUUCGGCACCUUCUCUCUGUACAACAAGCCGUCCACUGCACCAGCCACAUCUCUGGAGGGCAAGAUGGAGGCAGGGGGCUCACAAGGUGCCUCCUGCGGGCUGAUCAUGGGCUCUACCCCUUACGAUGCCCGCAGCUCCAGCUCAUCAGGCUGCCCCUCUCCUACCCCUCACUCUUCCUCCGACCCAGACGAUUCUCCCCCAAAGCUGCUUCCCGAGACCCUGAGUCCCGCCAUCCCAGACUGGCGCGAGUCGGAGGUCCUGGACCUGUCGAUCCCACCAGAAUCAGCGGCCACCAGCAAGCGCUCUCCCCCUGGGAGAUGUGCUGGGGGCCAGACACCCUCAUCGUCCCUUUCCUCUUCUGACCCAGAGCAGGAGGCUGGCGACUGGCGCCCCGAGAUGUCCCCCUGCUCCAACGUGGUGGUCACGGAUGUCACCAGCAAUCUCCUGACCGUCACUAUCAAGGAGUUCUGCAACGCAGAGGAUUUUGAGAAGGUGGCAGCGGGUGGAGGAGGCAGCAAGUAGUUUCCAUAUUUAAAAACAAAACAGCAGCAAAUACAAACGAAGAACAAAGAUAGAGCCAAGCCUCUGGCCAAAAACACAAGAAACUGGACUGCUGCUCUCAGAGGCAGGGGACACAGACAGACACACCGAUGUUCUCCUCUGGAGCCAUCCAUUCACCUGGAAUCCCAAUGACUGUGGCAACAAGUGACAUGCUAACUACCUGGACAAACCUGACGGCUAUGUGUUCUUGAUACUGGUUCAUACGUAGUUCUUGGACUUCAAAAUCUAUUGUAACUAGAAGAAGAGGAGUUGGAAGCCUCGUGCCCUUUUUCUACUAAAAGCAAAACAACAAUCCCAGCAUUAUGAUGUGGGAAUGCCCAACUCCUGCCUCCUAUUUAAAAUGCUUAAUGAGAGGCAUAUUGAAAACCCAUCUGGAUGUGGGGCAAGGCAAGUCUAUUAUCAUGUUUCCCCUCCCUUUGUCUUCAGUGCUUGCUGCAAUUUGGCCUAGAAGAGCCUGUGGGCACCAGAUCUGACCACUAAGGCCUGGUCUACACUACAUGGUUAGGUCAGCACAAGGCAGCUUACAUCAACUUAGUUGUGGAUGUGUCUACACUUAAAUUUUGUUCCCGCUGAUAUAAAUGCCCCGGUACAGCAACUUAACACCACCAUCUCCCUGAGUGGUGGAUAGUCAAGGUUGAUGUAAUUAGGUUGAAGCAAUGUCCGUGUAGAUACUGUGUUACUUAUGUCAACUGUUACUGGGCUUCAGGAACUGGCCCACAAUACCCCACAGUGAUCACUCUGGUCACCGUUGUGAACUCCGCUUCCCUGGGGCCAGGUGAACAGGAAACUGUUCCUCCUUUUGAAAGCCCCAGAAAUUUUUGAAAUUCCUUUUCUUGGUUGACUGGCUUGGCAAACACCUAGCAACACUGCAUUGUUAUGUGCAACUGCCCAUAGACAGGAGACAGAAGGUUUUGUACUUCCUGGGUUGGUGGGGAGAAGAGGCAGUGCAGGCACAGCUCCGAUCCAGCUGUAGAAAUGUUGACAUCUAUGAGCAGAUUGCUUAGAGCAUGCAGGAGAAGGGCUAGAAGAGGGACCAGCAGCAAUGCCACAUGAAAGCCAAGGAGCUGUGGCAGGCGUACCAGAAGGCAAGGGAGGCCAUCAAUCUGGUGCAGAGGUGCAUCCUUGGGAGAGACCCCACACCCGAGACCCCUGUGAAUACUUUGGAGGACCCAAGUCACAGGCCCCUGCCAUGAACAGUGAAGAGGAGUAUGGAGGACAGGCAACCAGGGGAUCCAGCUGCACAGUGAGCCAGGAUAUGUUUUUGACUCCACCACAGUCCAGCCAGUUCUGACAAUCGAACCAGAGUGACCCUGGUUCAGAGGCAGGAACCUCUGGUAAGGAUGCAGUUUGCUUUGAAAAUUACAGAGAUGGAACCCCCAAACUAGCAGGGCACAUCUGUUGAUUUAGUCUUUUAUUUAUGCUCGAAGAGAUAAUGAAACAACCAAGAGACAUAGAGUUGCUAUCCACUUCUCAUCCCCCUCUAGAAUUAGGCAGAAGGGACCAUGCAGAGCAGUUCAUUUAUACUGUCCAAGAUGUCCUGUGAAUCCUCCACGGAGCUUGUGAUGAAACUGUGAUGGAGGCACUCUGCAAUCCUCUGCCGAGGGUUUCUGGGGAGCGCUGCCUUAUUUCUUCCGCCACUGUAGAACACUUCCACACUACUCAGUGAUAACUGCAACAGGCACCAUUGCAGUACCUGGGCUAGUAGCAUAUGUCCCCAAGUGGCAUCAGGAUGCCAGCAGUAGCUAUUCUCUCUGCUUCUUUUACCCUCAGGAGUGAGAUACUUGCUAAAAUCACCCCUGCCAGGGGACAACAGUGCCACUAUUCAGUUCUAUUACCCUAUACAACUAUAUUAAUAGCUGUGAGCUAUCCACCUUCAUUUCCCCAAUCAUCCCCCCAGCCCAUAAGCCAUAUACUCACCAUAGCUGGUGCUGUAACUGGCGCAAUGUUGUAUCAAGCCCAAGAAGGAGUGAGAAUGCAGUGCUUACAACUUUUGGGGAUCAAGGGGAGUGAGUCCAGUAUCCUAAGGUUUAAUUUCUGUUGUGAAUACACUGACAAUGGCACCCCUGUGUGUUUGCAGCUGCUGUUGGUGUGGCCUUUAGGGUCUCCCCCUCCACACCCACAGAACGCCUGAACCAGAUAAGGUGGAGAAAGAAGAGGACUCAGGAUCAUAUGUUCUAGGAGAUGUAAGUCUAUGCUGCAUCGGAGGAUGACCCUUGCAGACAGCUUGGGGAAGCAAGGAGUGGAGAGGAGAGGGAGAUGCACCAGACCAUAAUGGUGCUUCUCAGGCAGCAAACAG